GAGACUGGUCGGAUCCUCCCCUUCCUCUCCCUCCCCAGGCGGUUUUGAGAGGUUUUUUCCCAACUUUUCCAGAAGUUUCUCGGCGGCCCCUUAUAUACCCCCUCCGCGGGACCGCGAGGUGCACAGGGAAGCCGAGCAAGGCAGCGCCCCGCUCCAGCAGGUCCCCAGAGGCGUUGGGUGCUGCCGAAACCAUGUGCAUUAUUCUGGCGCUCGCUCUCUGCAGCCUCGCUGCAGCCGUGCCCUCGGAGGACAGGAAGCUGAGCGACAAGGCAACGACGUUGGCCGAACGCAGCACAACGCUGGCCUUCAACCUCUACCAUGCUAUGGCAAAAGACAAGAGCAUGGAGAACAUCCUGCUGUCCCCUGUGGUCGUGGCCUCUUCCCUCGGCCUCGUGUCCCUUGGGGGCAAGGCGACAACGGCCUCCCAAGCCAAGGCAGUGCUCAGCGCGGACAAACUGAACGACGACUACGUGCACAGCGGGUUGUCGGAGCUCCUGAACGAGGUCAGCAACAACACAGCCCGCAAUGUCACCUGGAAGAUUGGGAACCGCUUAUAUGGCCCGGCCUCCAUCAACUUCGCUGAUGACUUUGUGAAGAACAGCAAGAAGCACUACAACUACGAGCACUCCAAGAUCAACUUCCGGGACAAGAGGAGUGCCCUGAAAUCCAUCAAUGAGUGGGCAGCCCAGACCACAGAUGGGAAGCUCCCAGAGGUCACCAAAGACGUGGAGAAAACUGAUGGAGCCCUCAUCGUCAACGCCAUGUUCUUCAAACCUCACUGGGAUGAGAAGUUCCAUCAUAAGAUGGUGGACAACCGUGGCUUCAUGGUGACCCGUUCCUACACUGUGGGAGUUCCCAUGAUGCAUCGCACAGGUCUCUACAACUACUAUGAUGAUGAGACAGAGAAGCUCCAGGUGGUAGAGAUGCCACUUGCUCACAAACUCUCCAGCAUGAUCUUUAUCAUGCCAAACCAUGUGGAGCCACUGGAGAGGGUUGAGAAAUUGUUGAACAAGGAGCAGCUGAAGACCUGGUCUGGCAAAAUGAAGAAGAGAUCAGUAGCCAUCUCAUUGCCUAAAGUCGUUCUGGAAGUCAGCCACGAUCUUCAGAAACACUUGGCUGACCUGGGCCUGACAGAAGCCAUUGACAAAACCAAAGCUGACCUGUCGAAGAUCUCUGGCAAGAAAGACCUUUACCUGUCCAACGUCUUCCAUGCCGCUGCUCUCGAAUGGGACACAGAAGGGAACCCCUACGAUGCCGACAUCUACGGCCGAGAGGAGAUGAGGAAUCCCAAGCUCUUCUAUGCUGACCACCCCUUCAUCUUCAUGAUCAAGGACACUAAAACCAACUCCAUUCUCUUCAUUGGCAGGCUCGUGAGGCCCAAAGGCGACAAGAUGCGUGACGAGUUGUAGUUGGUUUUUUUCCAGAGAUUGGUUUGGUUUGUGUUUUUAGUGAGGGAUUUGAAAAAGGGGAAACACUAUUUUGUAUCCUUCUUGAACUAUGGGUGCUAUUCAGACCAGGGUGCAUUUUGAUGAGAAACCAGCAUACACUUUACCUCACCCCAAAAUACUCUAUUGCACAAACCCACCUCCAGAGAGGAACAGGGGAGUCUGGCACAAGAGGGUCACCAUGAGUGGAAGGGAGCUGGCACGCACUGUCUAAGCUAUUGGUAUCUUCAGCUGAGAUGUUCAGGCCGAUGCUUGGUUCUUCCCUGCACUAAAAUUAAGCCUCCUGCUAAGUACCUUGCAGCUGCCAUCAGCCCUGCAAAGGCGCAGGCCCUCCACCCUUCCAUCUCAAAUGCUUCUGCGCACUUAGCUCUGCCACUUUUCUCCCUUUUGGUGCCACGGGGCACUGCACUGGAGCUGCUCUGGUUGCUUUGCUGAAGUUGUUCCUUGCUGGUAGUGAAGGUAGGAGCAUGCUUCCCUGUUCUUUCACCCAAGAACUGAGAUUGCAUGGAGUCAUGCCCUUCUGUCCUGCCUAACUCUGCCCUGGAUGAUUGUUAAAUGCUUCAGCCCAAGCAAAAGCCAUCAGCUCCUCAGCUAGAGGGACACUGCAAAGACACGUGCAGCUUUGCUCGGCAGCAAACACUCCACAGAGAAGUGGCUUGGGGGGUUAGGGUGUCAGCAGAGGCCAAAGAGCAAAUAGGCUCCUAGGGAGUGAAAGAUGCAUCUGAGGUCCCUCCAACACUCUUGCAAGACUGGGAGAAAUUAACCAUGAGUGUCUGUGCUCCACCUCUCUAGGGACCAUGAGGGGGGCUCUUGGGCUAACAUCUGUAGUUAAGCAUCUUCUGCCAAGCAAACAGAGGAACUUCACUUCUCCUGGUGCUUUUGCAUCAGCACAUAUGGCUGGGAAAGAGUUUACACUGUGAAGGUUCUCCCAAUUACUACCAGGGCUGGUACCCAUCAGCUCCUGUAGAAGCCCGAGAGAUUCCUGCUGGCAUGCGGAGGAAAGUGGACCAGCUCUCACUUCCACUUUGCUUAAAUACAAAGCUUUAGAGCUGCCAUUGCCUGACUUCCUAAUGACCCUUUUUUGCAGCUCCUCUCUUUUUUCUGAUACUUUAGCUCCCCAUUGGCUGACCUCCAUAAGGGCACACUGAAAAACAAACCUUGCCAUGCACUCGGAGACAUUGCAAAGCAAGUAAUGACAAGAUUAUUAAAGUGAGAGGAAAAUCCAUAUACCAUAAUCUAAAUGCCAGUUGUUUGGAACCAGCAAGGACAGUGACUGCGCUGUUUUUCUGUUUUUGGUUCCCUGUCAAUGCAUUUGCUGUCAGGUUGCUAUACAAGCCCAAUACUGCAUUGCUUCAGACAAUACAUGGGACUAUUUCCACUUAUUUAUUAACAGUUAAGAAGUCUCUUAUUAGGCCUAAUUUCACAGAGCCAAAACUACAGCAACUCGUGCCCACCAAGUUUGACCUGACCGUGUCUUCUGCAGGUAUGCAAGGUUACACAACUGCAGAAAGGCGUAUGUGCCCUAAUUCACAUAACAGGCCAGCGGGAAGGAAAGUGCUGUCCUUAGUCUCUUCCCAGUCCAUUCUCCAAGGCGUCUUCCCCAGUGUGUUGGGGGGAAGGGGGGAGGAAUCCACAGGGAGGUAGUACCCAAAUGCACGGGAAGCCUAAAACUCGGUGUGUAUGCUAGACACUACCCAGUGAAUCAGCGCACUGAAACCCACAUGCUGUAGCACAUGAUGGAGAACGGGGGAGAAGGGGAGGGCAGGGCAAGAACACAGUGUGGGAUAUUGUGAAUAAUUUGCAUCAUGUGGAUGCAGGUGUCUGAUAGCUUUUAUUGUCUGUUCUUGUACCACACAAUGACAAUUGUGUUAUUUUGCAAUAAAACUUUUUCAAUGAA